AUGGGUUUUAAGAAGUUGUCAAGAUUAAGCUCUUUAUUCCGCUCAGCGAUUAGACACGCCGGGAAAAAAGCUUCAGACGCCGCCAAAACUGCCGAAGCCCACGCCGGAGAUUCUCUGGAGAUGGAUUUUACUGGACUAGUGUCUUCGAAUUCACUGCCGGAGAUUCUCUUGCCGCUUAAGUCUUCCAUCGAUUCGUCCAUCCCUGGACAAGAUUUUGGGGAAAGAUCACUCGCUGGUCAGGUCUCCUCUACGUUCUAUGUUAGAUCUGCUCAUAGCAAUCGUCUCCUGGAAAGAAAUGACGAUGAAGCUUCUGAGAUAGAGCCACUGGAGAUGACAGAUUACAUGCUUGGGAACAAAAUUCCGUCGAUAAGGACUAAACAGGUGUCACGUGGCAGGAUGCAGACAGGUCAUUUCGUCAAGAAGCAGUCGCAUCUUAUGAAGAAGCAUGUGAAAGGCUGUGUUCAGAUGCUGGGACCUGAGACCAUGCUUGACGUGUUGGCUAAGAUGGGGAAAGAAGCGGGUGAGAAAGAGUACAACACAAGGAUUCAGCUUUGCAUAGAGAACGCAAAGAGAAGCAAUGAUGUGGGAUACGCUCUUGAUGAGAUUGGGAAGGCUAUUGAGCUUCUCAAAGGAAUGAAGCAGCGUGGGUUCGUUAUAGAGGAAGGCACUUACGGGCCUUUCUUUAAGUACUUGGUUGAUAUGGAGAUGGUGGAGGAGUUCCAUAUUUUCAAGGGUUUUAUUAGGGAAGCGAGUCCUGAGUCUGUUGGGAAACUUGUCUACUAUGAGAUGCUUCUUUGGAUCCAAGUCGAUGACGAAGAGAAGAUCCACGAACUUUGUAAUACAGUUGACGAUAGUGGGAUAAGUUUAUCAGUCCUACAAGAAUAUUAUUUGGUUGCACUGUGUGAGAAAGACAGAAAGGAGAAUCUUCAGAAGCUGUUAGAGAUUGUCGACAUAACAAAAGUUUCUUCACCAGAGGUAUUGAGAAGCAUAUUUGGGUACCUUGGACAAUCGCUAUUGGAGUCUGUUGCAAUGAAGUUACUAUGGGAACUAAGAGACUGUGGUAAAGAUGGAUUGGAGACAGUUUCAAAUCUCAUAUUUAGCUAUGUAGCCUGCAUCCCAAAUUCCACGGUGGAGGAAGCCAUUUUGAAUUUUAACAAGUUGCAUGAAGAACUAGAUAUUAUGCCUUCAUAUACAUCCCAUGAGAAGCUUGUUGCUUAUCUUUGUGGCUCGAAUGAGGUGGUCACUGCUCUUGAUGUAGUUGAAAAUAUGUGUGAAGAAGGUCUGGUUAUAUCGGCAAACAUCCUGCAUUCAUUGUUAGAUGCCACUGAGCAGAUUCUUGAGUUUAAUUUGGUGCAAAGAAUCCAUUCAAUAAUGAGCAACAGGAGUGUGAAGCCAAAUAGUGAGACUUUCAGGAGAUUGAUAAGUUUGUGCAUAAGAAUCAGAGAUUUUAAAGGUGCAUAUAAUAUGCUUGGCACUUUGAAGAAUUUCAAUUUGACACCAAACUCUAGCAUGUACAAUUCUAUAUUGGCAGGAUAUUUCCGGGAGAAAAAAGUGAACAGCGCCUUAAUGGUCCUCAAGGAAAUGAAAGAAGCUGACGUUAAACCGGAUUCCGUAACUUUUAGUUAUCUUAUAAACUAUUGUGACCAGGAGGAGACUAUUGCAGAGUAUUAUGAGGAGAUGAAGCAAGCAGGAGUUCAAGCUACUAAGCACGUUUACAUGUCCCUUAUAAAAGCAUAUGCAUCAUGCAGACAGUUUGAGAAGGCAAAUCAGGUGCUCAUGGACGUACCGGCUAAGGAUCGCAAUGAGCUGAGAAGUGUCCUUGUAUCUGCUCUGGCAUCAAAUGGAAAAAUAACAGAUGCCUUAAGUAUUUAUGAAGAUUUGAAGGAAGAUGGCUGUCUCGUAGAGCCAAAAACCAUUAUAUCUCUCAUUGAAAACUCGGAUUCAAACGAAGAGUUGUCAACUUUGGUUCAACUCGCUGAUGAGCUGCAUGAAUAUAAAUAUUGGAUAGAAGGUUUCUUCAAAAUUCUCGUGUUUGGUGUCCGCAACAAUAACUCAAGCUCUAUUCUUGAUUUGUUGAAGCAGACGAAAAACCACUUGUCGGAUGAUGACAUCGCUGUGGAAUAUUGGUUUGAAGAGGUGUUUAGGUCAAUAGCGGAAACAGAGCCUAGUGAUGUGAAGCUAGGCCUGGACUUGGUGAGCUUCAUGAAGGAAGAACUUGGGUUGUGUCCUUCAAGAAAAUGUCUAGAUUUUCUUCUACAUGCUUGUGUCAAUGCCAAGGAUAAGCAGAGCGCUUUAGCGGUAUGGAAAGAGUACCAGUUUGCAGAACUUCCUUACAAUGUCCUCACCUAUCUAAGGAUGUAUCAGGUUCUAUUAGCUGCAGGAGAUUCCAAAAGUGCAAAGGCAAUAGUAUCAGAGAUUCCUAUUGAUGAUAGAGAUGUUAAGUGUAUAAUUAAACAAAGCUAUGAAGUAUUGACUCCGAAACCGAAAAAGAAAAAGUCUAAAAAGAAACGAUUAUCUCCCCAAGCAAAGUAG